AUGCAGCCAACUGCAGAUGAGAAGGGAGAGGUUUAUGCCAGUAAAGAGGGAGUCAACAUUGAUGUCGACAGCUAUGGGACUGCGCACGGGUUCGACUAUUUGGACUACUUCUACAACGAACGGAUUGGAAUACCAGGCACGGCGUACUUCCACAUGAUGCUACGCACGUUCUACGCAUUGGGCUACCAGGAGGGCAAAUCCCUCAUAGGCAUACCAUAUGAUUGGCGGCUUCCCCCUUGGCAGGCAAGUUGGAUCCGAGUUCUUAUGGAUUUUGCUCGUCUGAAGCUCGAGAUAGAAACACGGGUUGAAGCCAUGGGAGGAGCAAAGGCAGACGUGCUAGUGCACAGUUUGGGGUCUGUUGUCUUUAAUUAUUUUCUCAACAAAGUGGUGGAUCAGCAGUGGAAGGACAGAUAUAUCAACUCAUACACCCUCGUUGCUCCUGCAACGGGUGGAAGCUUUAAAGCAAUCAAAGCUAUUCUUACUGGGUACAAUGACCCCGUCGACUUGACGUUCUGGACUCUGCUCGAUAUCAGUCUUAUUCCUGUGGACAUUUUACGGGACCUCUCCCGAAGUCUUGGUUCUAUCUAUGCCCUCCUGCCGGACAUCGACCUCUACGGACAAGACCAUUUGGUUGUGCGACAGUUGCUACCGAAAAAACCGGGUUCCCCUUCCCCUGCAGUCUCUGCUAGUGGCCCAGAUGGAAAGGCUCAAAAGAGUACGCCGGUGGACGGCCGAAUUCUGGAAUUCAGGAGACUGUCGGAAACAGCACCACAGGCUGACUGGACUGAGCAAAUGGUGAAGGCGGUUGCGCUGGGAGACAGCGAGACAGAAGCUUUGGGGACUUCGUCAAAGAUGCAACAUGAGAGGGAGGAGUUGGUGCAAAACGCAACUAUUAAGCAGAUCGCACAGCGAACGCUGCAGGUGCAGCGCUACGGAACAGAGGCGCAGGAAAGCAUGGAAGCAAUAAGCCAUAUGAUGGCUGAAGCAGCAGAAGAUUUCGAAGAAGUUGUAUACACCUUGGGCAAUUGGACGAUGUUGUUGGAGCCGGAAUUGCGAGUUCGUGCGGAAACCGCCAGAGAACGCAUGCAGGGGAUCUUGAAGGACCCAGGGGUUCCUACGAGGUGCAUUUGGAGCGUCUUCAGUUUUCCUUCUACUGAUGUUGGCUAUAUUUACGCGGGCACUGAUCUCUCUCGCAAGCCCAUCCCAGUUUUGGACGUUGGGGAUGAUACGGUUCCCCUGCGGUCCCUCUCAGUUUGUGCAGGAUGGGCAUCGACUUUCGAGGUGAAGACGUUCAGAAAUUUAGACCACAUGUUUAUAUUUGGGGACGGCGAAUUCAAUAGUUACAUUAAGGUUGCUUUUGGAAAGAAGGAUGAGAAGGAAUGA